CAGACCCUAAACGUCCGAAAUAAUAACCUCACUCCUCUACUGUACAGCGCCCCCAUUUGACUCCUUUUACAACACCCCCGACAAGCAUAAAGGAUGGAAGAGAACAAUCCACCGACCGAUUUCCUGAAAGUCCCCACCUCUUCCUCCCGACCCAGCUCUCCAGUCGCCAACCGGCAGCCAUCUCGUUCACCACAGCCCUACCGGAGGAGACCUCCCCCAUCCCCUAUAGUGCAGCAUGCCCCUUACCCGGACAAAGCAGUAUACCCCCCUUCGCCAACUCUCACUCCAAAUGGAUCCCGCGCAAAUUCUCCACUUCCGCAAAAGCCCAGCUAUGGGGGAUCGGAAUCGGGUACCGAAGCUGAUGAUGAACUUGCGCGAAAGCUUCUAGCACCACCGGGAAAGAGGAGCCGCACAUCAUCCGAGGAGAGGAGGUUUUACGGCGAAGAAGAUGAUACUUUUGAUGGCCAUGAAGACGAGAGAGGCAGACUGCGACGGAGACUGCCCGAGGGUAGACGCAAACGGGGGGGAGAGAAGAAAAGAAAACUGAGGGGAAUUGUCAUUAUGCGUCGUGGCGUUGAAAUUGGCUUGAUGGGAGUAUUAGUUGGUAUCGUGCUUUCCAGCCGAGAAGGCAGGAUCUGGAAAGAAGUGGGUAUACGGAAACAAGAGUUCGCUGCGUGGGCUGGUGUGCUUUCUACAACUCUUGUUUAUCACCCACUUCUAAUUCUGCUCCAUGGCGACCCCCUCGUGCCUCCGAGAUCCCUUGAUCCAUCACCGCUUCUAUACCCUAUCGUUUUUCCGAUAAUGGUCGCACUUUCAAUGACACAGGAGAACACAAUGAGCCAAAACCCGUACGUUGUCUCAAAUUUGAUUCUGAGUCUGUCAUCUCUGCCGCCAACUCUUAUACCGAGGUGGGAUCUUCGCUGGAUACUGUCCCUACUCCCCCUCGCCAUCCCAGCGCAUUUCCACCGGCAGCUAAACUCCAAAUCUAAUUCCGAUGCGCUCUCAUUUCUCCCGCCACUUCACUUUGUAUUAAGCUCGGUCCUGAGCUAUCUUCUACAUCCCUCGUUGACCCCAACCGAGCUUAGGAUGAUUGCAACGGCAUUGAUCAAUCUUCUUAUUUAUGCAUCGUCACCCCAAGCCAUUAUUCUGAAAGCUGUUCUCUGGGGCGGGGGUUUGGGCAUCUUAAUUCUCUGCGAAGACGUCAUAAAGUGGAACGUCAAUCUUGCACGUGUUCCUUCUCACAAACUGCGCCGCGCCGGAAAUGCCAUUAUCAGCAUCGGGAGAUGGAAGAAGCUCACCUCGUUAAGAGCGAAGGGACAAGCAAGCGAUAGCGAAGGGGAGCUACUUAGGAUCAGGUCAAAGGCCUCCCCGUCAGCAAGGCCAAAGUUCGUUAGCCAAAAAUCCUUUUAUGCCUCUCUCACCCACGAGCAAGCUAGGAAGCGGAAACUUGCAUAUUCUCUAUGGGUAUAUGGUAGCGUUGCGUGUGUUGUCAUGGUGGCACUGCGCCCUUAUAUCGGGAAGUAUGCCCUGGAUGGCGUCGACCCAUUUCUCUGGGCCCUAGGAUAUCUCCUCUGCGGCCAGAGCUGGUAUCAGAAUCUGGUGGACACGAUCGCUCCAGGUUCUGGAUACUGCGUCACAGAGGGAGCCGCGUCCGCGGCCAAUCUCCGUUUGCUUAUAAUUGGGUACUGGCUGGUAGUGCUAGCCAUGGGAAUUAGUUUAGUGACCGCUAUUUUGGCACAUAUCCAAGUAGAUACCAGGAGAAAGGUUUUUCAUGGAAUGGUUGUCAUCAUGUUUCUUAUCCCGGGGGUUCUAGAUCCAGCAUUCACAUAUCUUGGGCUAAGUCUGACACUAGCGGUCUUCCUACUCCUCGACACCGUCAGAGCUGGGCAGUUACCGCCAUUCAGUGGAAAAAUUGCCGUAUUUCUGCAGCCUUUUGUUGAUGGAAGGGAUCUCAAAGGCCCUGUAAUUGUUUCGCACGUUUUCUUGCUCCUUGGGUGUGCUAUUGGAUGGUGGUUUACACUUGCCUCCGCGAGCACCGAGGAGGGUGAUGCUUGGGAUUGGUCAGGGAGGCAUAUCGACUUAGCCUUCGUCAGCGGGGUAGUUUGUGUCGGGUUGGGCGAUGCUGCCGCGUCACUAAUCGGAAGAAGAUUUGGAAGAACUAAAUGGGGCUGGAGAGGUGGGAAAAGCAUCGAAGGAAGUCUCGCGUUCACUCUCGCUGUUAUGAUCGGAUUGAGCGUGGGCAGGUGGUGGGUAGGCACAGAAACCCAGACAUGGACCCCCGUAGUCUGGGCCAAGAUCGCAACAGUUGGGCUUUGGGGGAGCAUGGUAGAAGCGGUGGUCACCGGUGUUAACGACAAUAUUGUGGUGCCUGUAGGUGCCUGGAUAGUAGUCAGGAGUUUGGGGCUUUAGUUCUGGCUGGCUGUCACCAAGCCACGGAUAUAUCAACCGUGCUAUGGUGGGUUGAUGUCCAGUGCUCCGCGGGGAUCAGUAGGAGUUAUUACUCUGGAUGGUACACCAGCAGCGUUCAUCAUAAUUAGAGUUCAUUUCUAUACACUGUAUAUACUUAUUUCCUGUCGAUAGUAAUGGUCGGAAGGUGUACAUAAUAUUAGACUCACUGCUCUCUUUA